CGCGCGAGCUCAGGCAGCGGGUGCGGAUCCCGGGCACUCUCUUCUCAGUCUCCCGGCCCCGACCCUCCGACCGCCCCAUCCGGGUCUUGCCGCCAUGCUCUUCAGCCGCCUAGCGCUGCUCCCGGGCGUGGCGCUGCUGCUCGCCUCGGCCCGCCUCGCCGCCGCCUCUGACGUCCUGGAACUCACGGACGAAAACUUCGAGAGUCGCAUCUCCGACACGGGCUCGGCGGGCCUCAUGCUAGUCGAGUUCUUCGCCCCCUGGUGUGGACAUUGCAAGAGGCUCGCCCCUGAGUAUGAAGCUGCAGCAACUAGAUUAAAAGGAAUAGUCCCAUUAGCAAAGGUGGACUGCACUGCCAACACAAAUACCUGUAAUAAGUAUGGAGUCAGUGGCUACCCAACCCUUAAAAUAUUUAGAGAUGGUGAAGAAGCAGGUGCUUAUGAUGGGCCUAGGACUGCUGAUGGAAUUGUCAGCCACUUGAAGAAGCAAGCAGGACCAGCUUCAGUUCCUCUCAGGUCUGAGGAAGAAUUUAAGAAGUUCAUUAGUGAUAAAGAUGCUUCAGUGGUGGGUUUUUUUAGGGAUCUAUUCAGUGAUGGGCACUCCGAGUUCCUAAAAGCAGCCAGCAACUUGAGAGAUAACUACCGAUUUGCGCACACCAACGUUGAGUCUCUGGUGAAGGAGUACGAUGAUAAUGGAGAGGGGAUCACUUUAUUUCGUCCUUCACAUCUUGCUAACAAGUUUGAAGACAAAACUGUGGCAUAUACUGAACAGAAAAUGACCAGUGGCAAGAUUAAAAGGUUUAUCCAGGACAGCAUUUUUGGCAUCUGUCCUCAUAUGACAGAAGACAAUAAAGAUUUGAUACAGGGCAAGGACUUACUUACUGCCUACUAUGAUGUGGACUAUGAAAAGAAUGCUAAAGGUUCCAACUAUUGGAGAAACAGGGUGAUGAUGGUGGCAAAGAAAUUCCUUGAUGCUGGACACAAACUCAACUUUGCUGUAGCAAGCCGUAAAACCUUUAGCCAUGAGCUGUCUGACUUUGGUUUGGAAAGCACUACUGGAGAGGUUCCUGUUGUGGCUAUCAGAACUGCUAAAGGAGAGAAGUUUGUCAUGCAGGAAGAGUUCUCGCGGGAUGGCAAGGCUCUUGAGCGGUUCCUGCAGGAUUACUUUGACGGAAACCUAAAGAGAUACCUGAAGUCUGAGCCUAUCCCAGAGACCAACGAUGGGCCUGUCAAGGUUGUGGUAGCAGAAAAUUUUGAUGACAUAGUGAAUAAUGAAGAUAAGGAUGUGCUGAUUGAAUUUUAUGCUCCUUGGUGUGGUCACUGUAAGAAUCUGGAACCCAAAUAUAAAGAACUAGGAGAGAAACUCAGCAAAGAUCCAAAUAUUGUUAUAGCCAAGAUGGAUGCCACAGCCAACGAUGUGCCUUCUCCAUAUGAAGUCAAAGGUUUUCCUACCAUCUACUUCUCACCAGCCAACAAGAAGCUAAAUCCAAAGAAGUAUGAAGGUGGCCGUGAAUUAAAUGAUUUUAUUAGCUAUCUACAACGAGAAGCUACAAAUCCCCCUAUAAUUCAAGAGGAAAAACCCAAAAAGAAGAAGAAGGCACAAGAGGACCUCUAAAGCAACAGCCAAAUGCACCACUUUGUAAAAGGACUCUGACACCAGAGAUGGCAGAACUAUAGGAGAGGACAGAAUGGAUAUACUCUGAAUCCUGCUCAAUUUUCUCUAAACUGUUUCUUAGCUGCACUGUUUAUGAAAAUACCAGGACCAGUUUAUGUUUGUGGUUUGGGGAGAAGAUUAUUUGUGUUGGGAAGAAUGUUGUGGGGGUGGGAGGGGGAAUUGAGUUGGGGGUUAUUUUCUAAUUUUUUUUGUACAUUUGGAAGUGACAAUAAAUGUGCCCCCUUUAUACUGUUGGCUUUUUCCCCUCAUGGAA